CUCAUUUCCUUUCUUCUUCUCUUCUCAUCCCUUUCUUCUUGAUCUAAAUCAACUGGUAUAGUCUAUCAAAGCUAUACAAUCUUCAUCACCUUGACCCUCACAGUGGGUUUUGAAGUCUAGACAAGUCUAUGAUCAUAUUGUUCAGCACCAAACCCACUCUUUCUGCUGGGUUCGAGGAUAAGACGUCUACAAUAUCCAUCAAAAUUGAUGGUGUUAAAGACUUCACUUAUGAGGAAAUGAAACUAGCGACAAACAAUUUUAAUGUCUCCACUCAAGUUGGACAAGGAGGAUAUGGGAAGGUCUACAAAGGUAUUCUAGCUGAUGGUACUGUUGUGGCCAUAAAACGUGCCCAGGAGGGAUCAUUACAGGGUGAAAAGGAGUUUCUUACAGAAAUAGAAUUAUUGUCAAGGGUACAUCAUCGAAACCUGGUGUCUUUGAUUGGAUACUGUGAUGAUGAAGGGGAACAGGUACACCCUUAA